UUGCGCCGAGCAAGAGGAAAGUGUAUAUAAAAGAGGCGUCUGGCCGUAGUAACUGUUGUACCUUAAUAGUAAAAGAUAAACGUUUUUACACCCUGAACAGGUUUGAAAUAUACGUUGAAGAAAAUAUGUCUGUAAUAGGCAAGCCAGUUUUGUAUUCAUAUUGGAGAAGCUCUUGUUCAUGGCGUGUUAGAAUAGCCCUGAACUUGAAGGAGAUACCAUAUGACAUCAAACCUGUAAGUCUGAUUAAGGCUGGUGGUGAGCAGCACUGCAAUGAAUAUCGUGAAAUAAAUCCGAUGGAACAAGUGCCCGCUCUUCAUAUUGAUGGGCAUACAUUAGUGGAAUCGCUCAGUAUUAUGCAUUAUCUUGAAGAAACUAGGCCUUCUAGACCCCUCAUGCCACAAGAUGUUCACAAGAGAGCUAAGGUCCGAGAAAUUUGUGAAGUGAUUGCAUCUGGAAUUCAGCCUUUGCAGAACCUUAUUGUUCUUAUAUAUGUUGGUGAGGAGAAGAAAAAAGAAUGGGCACAACACUGGAUCAACAGAGGUUUUCGAGCGGUGGAGAAACUGUUAUCUGCAUGUGCUGGAAAAUACUGUGUUGGUGAUGAAAUAUCAAUUGCUGACUGCUGCCUCAUUCCACAAGUGUUCAAUGCUCGAAGGUUCCACGUGGACUUACGACCUUUCCCUAUCAUCUUGAGGAUUGAUCGUGAGCUUGAAAACCACCCGGCAUUCCGUGCAGCCCAUCCGUCUAAUCAACCAGAUUGCCCUCCUGAAGCCACAAAGUAAAGGGCUUCACAGCUAACAAAUAUGAAUCAAGAUACUCCAGAUGGAUUUGAACUUGACAAAUGUUGCCGUUAUGUGUCAGUGAGUGAGUCAGAAGAGUGAGUGGACAUUACCAAAUUGCAGCUUCCAUAAAUUAAGAUUACAAGCUUUUGUGCAAGUCAUGUCCAUAUAAUUAUAUAUUCUAAGAUAACCAUUUACUAAUCAUGUGUGCUGUAUAUAUUCCAUUGUGAUUUAAUUACUAAAUUAGGUGGUAUUUUGUUCUUUUUAUUGUUGCAACCUGUUUCCACCUAAUACUGACAUUUAGCAAAGACUGUUCAUUUAUUUUUUUAUUAGUGGUAUAGUGUGCUUGAGAUGAAAUCUGCGAAAGCUUCUUAGUUGUUGGAAAUUCCAUACAUUUCAGAUGGCUGUUUUUAAGAAUUUGGUGCAUAAGUGAUAUAAAAGCUACAGUAGUCAUUGUUUCAUGGCAGUAGGUGCUGCUUCCUUUUUUAGCUGAUUUUCAAUGAAUUUGCUCAAAUUAUUUUUAUUUGAAUGUUAAUAUUCUGUGAAGCCUGCCUGUCUUAAUUUCAUUUGUGAACUAUCGUCCAUAAGUAAAUGUAUACAGAUACAGAAGUCAAGGAAUUAUCAUGGCCUAGACAUUAGGUUAACUACAUGUAGAAUCAGUAAAAUAUUAAAUAUUGUGUAGUUAUUAGACAUAUAUUUUUAGAAUGUUUACUUUGCUAGGAUUUUUUUUGCUCUGAUUUGUUUUUAACCACUUUAUAAGAGUGUGUCUCAUGGUAACUGUAAAGAGGUGUCAUUUAGGUGAAAUGAAUUUGCAUUUGCCAGGCAUUACUAUUUGAGAGGAAGUGUUAGGUUGUGCUUAAUGAAAUAUGCAGUUCAUUAUGCUGUGGAUUUAUUGAGAAUGAACCAUGAUUUGCUACUACAUUUUGAUUGAAUGAAACUGUCUAGUAGCUUUUGUCUUAUUUGCUCACCCACUGUAAACCUUUUUUAUUUAAAAUUUUAAGAGGAAGAAAGCUUCAAAAUAUGUCAUUUAAAGAUUUUUAGAUGUCUUUUCCCUUAGUGGAAGAGCAGAAAGACAUAAAAAUGUAUAGGCUCUAUAUUUAGAAUAUUAACUAUGAGAAUAUUUUAAAAAAUUCUUAUAAAUGUACUGAAAGUGAAUGAUCUAAACUACAACUGGAGAAAAGAAAUUAAAACAAGAGUUUCUUUUGUGCUGCUCAAAGAAAUGACAGCAACACUGAAGUAAUGUUUGUAAACUCAGCUAGUUCUACCACAAUUACACAAAAAUGAAUGACAUAUCUCUCUAUGCAUAUGUCUCAGUAGUUUUGCAUACAAUGGAACAUUUUAAUAAGGCUGCCAUCAGGGAUUUCUCCCCAUUUGAAGGAUUAGGCUCUACAACCCUCAGUGACACGUGGUCUACAUACUGUAUAUGGCACUGAUGACUCAAAUUAAUGUAGGAAUACAACUUAACUUUAAUGAGUUUAAUGGCAAUUCACAAUGAAGAAAUAUCUGUAUUAUGUUCUAGGUACAACAAUUUUUAACUCAAUUUGAGUUGGCUUGAAAUAUUAACAUAUACACAAUCACAUUGCCACCUGUGGACAACAUGAAAACACAGACAGUGGAACUUAACCCAUCAUGUCAAAUCGAGAUGUACCAAUGAACCUACAUGCCCAGGCAUACAGGAAUUUCUCUCAAUAAUAAUUGCACUGCACAAACUUACAGGAACAUGCUAUUAUUUCAUUACAAACAUCAAAUUUAUAUAGUAACUUUUCUUUUUUUGCUGCAACACCACAAUGACACAGAAUAACAUCCAAUGUAUUGACAUUCAGACUUACUUUUCUUUUCAGAAAAGGCUUUGACAAUACAAUUAAAAAUCACUUAUAGCUCUGAAAACCUUUAAUAGGCGAUAACUUCUCUCUCCACACAACAAUCCUUGGUAUACCCGUCACCUUCAAUAUACUUCCAGUCAUUUUGCAAAUAAUAUAUUGUACAAUGAUAUAUGAUUACAAAGGCAACAAAAAGUGUACAUGGUAACUUGGUAAUGAGAAUGUUUCUGUACAACAAUAUCACAUUUCACCAAUGAAUGUAUCUUAUUUAUAUACAUGAAUAUGACAAAAUUUACUUUCAAAAGUGCUAAAUGGACGCCAUUUUUCUGACAGAAGCAAGACACUCGCUUCCCAUCACCAUAAUUGUAUGGACUUGAAAGGUAUGACAUCUAGUGGACUACACAAAGGAAAGAAUGAAACCCAACCCCCUAUGCAGAAAUGUGACCAUUCAUUAGAUUGUUAUGAAAGACUAGUAAGAGAGAGAAAUAAAAAGGAAAAAAGAAUCACACAACAACCAACUUGGAUGACAGUGAGUGGGGUAGAGGGAUAUAAAUUUACACCUAACAGUGAACAGGCUGUUAUUAUCACAGAACAAAUAUAAGUUAUGUACUAUGGGUAAAAGGCAGCUCUCUUUGGACGUUCUUCAUUUAUACAAUGAAAAUGUCCAAGGAAAUUUAUUGUUAAAGAUAAUUUAUGCUCAUCAGUUUCAUAUACCUCAAGAGUCUUCACUAUAAAUCACACAUGAAAUAUUUUAAGAUCACCAAUCAAAAUUUAAAAAAAAAAAUGCAUUUCAACUACAAUGAAGUACAAUCUUUGUACAUAUAUAUAUUAUGUAACAGCCAAGUACAUGUAAUACAGCCCAGUUCCAAAAAGAUCAGAACUUCCAACUCAUCUUCAGCAUCAUUAACAUGUUGACAGAUCAUUAGAAAUUAUACAUUUAGGGACUUAUGAAAUAAAUCCAGGAAAAUAUAUGUAUAUGUAUGUAUAUAUAUAAU